UGUCAUGGAGGAGCAAAGAUGGCGGUCCUGGCCUAUAGCCUGGGCAAACGCGAAAUAAAUCAACAUUUUACGAUUAAAAAUGCCAAAUUAAUAUCGCUAGCAGUCGUUAUCUUGCUCCUUGUUUUUCACACAGCUUUGCGGUAUUAUGGAGGCGGAGACUCGUGUGAAUGGCUGCUCUCCAGAGGACGUUACUUGGGGGAGAACGUAUGGCAGCCGUAUGGCUGCAUGAUGCACAAAUACAAAAGCAUUGAAGCCAAAACCUGCCUUGCUGAGAAGCGGGUGGCCUUUGUUGGUGAUUCACGAAUCCGGCAGCUAUUUUACUCUUUCAUCAAAAUUAUUGACCAUGAACGAAGAGAAGAUGGAAACAAGCAUGAGGACAUUUCCUUUGAAGAUGAGAGUUCCUCUGUUAAUGUGGACUUCCUGUGGUAUCCAGAGGCAAAUAAUUCAAUGAAGGAACGCUUGAUAUCAUGGACACAUGAGGCGUCUGCAAAGCCAGAUGUUGUCAUCCUUGGAGCUGCCACAUGGUCCAUCAAGUUGCACAGUGGCAGCAGUGACACCCUGCAGCAGUACAAAGUCAACCUGACAUCCAUUGCUGUGUACCUGGAGAAGCUGGCUAACCAUGGAGAGGUCUACUGGGUCCUGCAAGACCCAGUAAAUGAGGACGCUUUGAGUGACAACAGGAAAAUGAUCACCAACCAACAGCUUGAGCUGUACAAUGAAGCAGCGGUGGAUGUGCUCAACAGCAGUAAGCGUAACGGCAGGUCCCGGAUUAAGCUGUUGGCCGCGUCCCGCCAGGCUGCAAUGGAAACUAUCACCCAAUCAGAUGAUGGCUUGCACCUGCCUGAGAGCACCAGGAAUGUGGGAGCCACGAUCCUCAUGAACUCCGUGUGCAACAAGCUGCUGAGGCCCAUUGACGGCUCCUGCUGCCAGACAUUACCACCCCCAAACUUCCUCCAGAAACUGUCGGCGUGUUUCUUCCUGGGCUCUGCCCUGGUCUUCCUGGUCCUCCAAGCCCUUGGCAACAACCGCCCCCGCCGACCUGUGCCACCAGACGUGGAGAGCCUGGAGGAGAAGAAGCCAGUGACUGCAGCUGUCCCCCUGGGUCCAAAGGCACCCUUCCAUGCCCUCUGCAGGAUGGGUGUUAUCAUGGGCUAUUUUUACCUUUGUGACAGGGCAGAUGUGUUCAUGAAAGAGCAGAAGUUCUACACACACUCCACAUUCUUCAUCCCUCUCAUCUACAUAUUUGUCCUGGGAGUGUUCUACAGUGAGAGCAGCAAGGAGACCAAAUUACUCAACCGAGAGCAAACGGAUGAGUGGAAAGGCUGGAUGCAGUUGGUCAUCCUCAUCUAUCACAUAUCUGGAGCCAGCGCUUUCAUUCCAGUGUACAUGCAUGUGCGGGUGCUGGUGGCAGCGUACCUUUUUCAGACUGGCUAUGGACACUUUUCCUUUUUCUGGCUCAAAGGAGACUUUGGCCUGUAUAGAGUGUGCCAGGUGCUGUUUCGUCUAAACUUCCUGGUCUUGGUGCUGUGUGUGGUAAUGGACAGACCCUACCAGUUCUACUACUUUGUUCCACUGGUCACCUUCUGGUUUGUCGUCAUCUACGGCACUUUGGCCAUGUGGCCUCAGAUCCUUCAGAAGAGGGCCAACAGUAGUGGCAUGUGGCACCUUGGGGUCUUGGUGAAGUUACUGGGCCUCCUGUUGUUCAUCUUCGUCUUUGCCUUUUCACAGGGCUUCUUUGAGAAUACCUUCUCUGUGUGGCCCAUCUCCAAGCUCUUUGAGCUGAACGGAAGCAUCCACGAGUGGUGGUUCAGGUGGAAGCUGGACCGAUUCGCGGUGAUACACGGCAUGUUGUUUGCCUUCAUCUAUCUGGUGCUUCAGAAGCGGCAGGUGCUGUCGGAGGGCAAAGGAGAGACUCUCUUCUCUGCCAAGAUUUCCAGCCUGCUCCUCUUCCUCUCUUUUGUCUCCUUCAUAACUUACUCUGUAUGGGCCAGCAGCUGCAAAACCAAAACGGAGUGCAACGAGAUGCAUCCUUACAUCUCUGUGGUCCAGAUUUUGGCCUUCAUUCUCAUCAGGAACAUUCCUGGCUACGCCCGCUCUAUAUAUAGCUCAUUCUUUGCAUGGUUCGGAAAGAUCUCUCUGGAGCUGUUCAUAUGCCAGUACCACAUCUGGCUGGCGGCAGACACCAAGGGAAUUUUAGUCCUAAUCCCAGGAAACCCUUCACUUAACAUCAUGGUCAGCACCUUCAUCUUUGUGUGUGUGGCUCAUGAGAUUUCCCUCAUCACCAAUGACCUGGCCCAGGUGGUCAUCCCCAAAGACAGCGUGGCCCUGCUGAAGAGGCUGGGGGCCGUGGGGCUCUUCAGUCUUUUCGUGCUGCUGUUAGCCAGGGGCAGCCAGCCCACGCCCGGUGCCUGAUGGACACCUCUUGAUCUCGGAAGGGGCCACAAGAGACCGUUUGAAGUGAGGGAACAGAUCCAAGCCGGGAGCAGGUCGGUGUUUUAGGCGGCUGGUGGCCACGGGAGACGACCUCCAAUGUGUUGAGUGACAACACGGGGACGCAUGGGAGAACAGUGUCUCUCUGCUGGCCAUGUUUGAGCAGAGUCUGUACUUUUUUGACUGCUGUGAAAGUAGCACACUGAAGAAAAGAAAAACGCCCCGAGGGGUGGGGUGGGGUUGGGGGGGGUUGCUCCUUUCAGGGCAAAGUGCAAAAUGCGAGAGAAAGAAAGCAAGAAAAAGAACAAAACACUCAAAAGGUUUACAUUAUCUGGAUUCAACAGACGAGCAGAAAAGAAGUUUGGAGAUGUGGAAUCUUAUUUUAAACAAAAAGAGGUCCUCUCAUUUCAAGACGUCAUGCUUGCUGUGUGAAUGUUUGCAGCAUCGCUUCUAUUUAGCCAGGCACACUAAUACGUUUAUUUUGUCACAUACAGCAUUUCCUGUCUCUACUCCACUCUGGAAGCGAUCACUAGGCACACACUCCGUCCACAUGGCAGUAGCAGUUGAAGGUGUUUUCACUCAGGUGGAUCUAUAACCUACAUAUUCAGAUAUCUACAAAAAUGUUCAAUUGUGCUGCAUUUUAUUAUCAACAUUACUUUGUACAGUAUUUCUGGUGACUUUAAAAUAGAUAUCUGAAUAUGCAAAAUAUGGACCAACAACUGGCUUGGGUGAUCCAAAAAACAAACAAAAAAAAGAUUCAAGCGAAAAUUUGGGAGUGCAAUUGUUAUAAUGUUGGAUUAUCCCGCAACAUAUUUUUGCUAAUUUUUGUGAGUAAUUUUAGAAAUGUUUGCCUUGUGCUGAAAGGUACUGUGGUCACCUGCUGUAGCUCUGAAAUUCUAUGUGAUAUGUACAGUAUUUAACGAUUUAAAUUAAGCUUAUAUUUUAUACUGUUUUUCUUUUUGUUUUUUGGGCUUUUGUUUUGUACGUGGCGAUCAUGACUGCUGUUUGUGAAGGAAGUAUUACAUAGAUAGUUUUGUACCCAUCUCAGCAUCUAAUAGAUGAUUACCUGCCUCAGAGACACAUUGCAGAGGUUGAGCCUUUACAGUCCGACAUCUGUCUGUCUGUCCCAUUUCACUCACUCCAUUCAUAGUCUGUGUAUAUUUGUAUGAUAGACUGCAAGACUUUAUUUUAUACAGCGAUGCUUCAGCAGUGUUUUUAGUCCUUUAUCCUUCCAACAUGCCUCACAGCUCUGGUGGAAAAUGCACUGGCUUGCACAUACUGUAUUUUUAUUGUACAAUAGGGAUAACAGCUAAAUGUACAUCCUCCCUCUGCUGCCACAACCAGUGAACUUUUUUGAUCAGUGAGUGAGUGAAGAAGUGUUUUCUUAAGACUGAAUGCCUUUGAACAUACCGCUUUUCUCAGUGGCUUAAUACAUACAUCUUCUGUGAUGUAGCCUGGGAUCACAAUCUUCCCUCAGGCCCUUUUGCAUCAGAGCCACACCAACAUUUAAAACCAACUACUAGUUAAUGCACUGACUGACCUGAAAAGACAUAUUAAUUUUGCUUAAAGGAAAAUGUUGUAUAUUUUGUCAUUUGACAAAUGGUUGAUGUCUCUUUGCCUGAAUAUUCUCAGACAUUCGAGAGAUUGGCACUUUUAUUGUAAGACAUGCAUUUUUGUUUCGUCUUUGCAGUGAAAUAUAACAUUCAACAUGAGUUUAACAAGUUACCAGCGCAGAUACUUUGUGUACUUUCGCACAUUUUUACUGGGUAGGUCAAACGUGUUGUCAAGGACUUUUCACAGAAACAAAAAAGUAUAACAUUGUAACCUGUGUUACAUAUGAAUUUUGAGCUGCAUAUUUCAUCUGCAAUGAGGUAGUAAAAUUGUGCAAUGUCAGUUGUUUUCUACACAUUUAUGUAGCUUCUCUUUAAAAGAAAAACAUGGGUCCACAAAUAAUUCAUUUUUCUUUACUGUGGAACAAUUAUGAGGCUUCUGCCGUCAUUAAUUUGAUGAUGUGCAGUUCCCAAACUGAAUCAGAGCCAAGUAAAUUUGUAAUUUCUAUAACCCGUCAUCACCUCAUAUAUAUAGAUGAGAAUGGCAUUUCCAUGUUGCAGUUUUGAUUAAUGUGUGAGGUUCACUGAUCUGUUUUCUCGUCAAUUAAUGAUCAGCAGCUAUAAAUUUGGUAAUUGUUUCAGGCCUUAAUAGAUCUUUUUGGUCGUGUAAAAGCAACAACUAUUGAUACCCCUGUGUAGGGCCUCUUUGAAAUAUCCUACUUGUAAAUUUUUUUGUGAUGUCUUAAAAAUGUGAAAUGUAUCCAUAUUAUUUAUAAAUGCCUUUAUUCUGUUGUACAUUGUUAAUAAUAUCUUCAUAAAAUGUGCUGGUUUGGCUUCUUUUGUGGA